AUGAGAUUAGAAGAUGCAUAUCCAACUCCUUCUUCAAUUCAUGAUCCAAGUUCUUUUUUACAUUCGAUCGAAUCACCAUUUCAAGUUCAAGAAUAUAUUGCACUUCUUGUCAGAUCUAAUCCACAUGAUGUAGAACAAAUCGUUAAUUUACCAUCUCCAAAUAUCAAUCAAUCUAAUCCUGGUACACCCGGCACUCCUGGUACUCCUGGCACUACUCCACUCGUACCACAAGAAGUUUGGAUUUAUGAACAACUUCGAAGGUUUUCUCAAGAUCUAAGUCAUCCGUUUGUCAGUACUCUACAAACUGAAUGUUCACGUACUACUUGUCCUGAGAUGAAAGCAGGAGAAUGGCUUUAUCUUUGUGCUGCUCAUGCUACUGCGAAUGAAAAUGACUGCUGUGCAAUCGAUUAUAUUGUACAUACACUGGAUGGUGCUACUGCACUUCUGAAUUCAGCAAGAUAUUUUCCAAGCCGGUUACAAAUUCCCUCCACCUCAAUUAAACAUUUCACAUCGAUUGCCAGAAGACUUUAUCGAAUUUUUGCACAUGCAUGGUUUCAUCAUCGAGAUGUAUUCGAUCAAUGCGAAACUGAAACAAGUCUUUAUGCACGUUUUUUAGCACUCACUGAUCGAUUUUCAUUAAUCUCUGAAGAUUUAUUAGUCAUUCCACGUACAAAUGAAGAAGAAGAACAAGAAGAAGAAGAAGAUGAACCAAGUGGAUUAGCCUUGGAUGAAAAACAAGAAACAAAUGAUGAUGAUGAUGAUGAUGAGGAUGAUGAUGAUGAGGAAUUAGAAGAAUUAGAAUGA